AUGAAGUUCCUUACAUUCGGAUUCCUUCUCGCCUCGACGAUCGUUAGCGUCAGCAGUGCUCCCGCAGAUAUCGAUAGCAGGGCUGUCAGUUAUCAAAACAACUAUGACCAACACUUGGAGGACCGCGAGGAGCGCAAAGAGGCUCGCGACAUCUCCGUCCCCUCGUUCGCCGGUGUCGAGACCACCAGCGGCGUGAUCGCUGACAUUGAGGUCGAGGAGAACGCCGUUCCCCUGAGGGCCCGCCAGCUUCUCAAGAAGAAGAAGGGCAAGAAGGGCAAGAAGGCGAAGAAGGCUAAGAAGGCAAAGAAGGCGAAGAAGGCCGCGAAGAAGGCAAAGGCCGCUGCCCCCGCAAAGGCCAAGGGCAAGGCCGCCGCGCCCGCCGCCGGUGCUGCGAAGAAGAAGGCCGCCGCUCCUGCUACUCCUGCCGCCGGCAAGGGUAAGGGCGCUGCUGCUCCUGCUGCUCCCGCCGGUGGCGCUGCUGCUAAGGGCAAGGGCAACGCUCCCCCCGCGGCUGCUCCUCCUGCUGCUGCACCUCCUGCUGCCGCACCUCCCGCCGCUGCCCCCAAGGCUCCUGCUGCCGCGCCCGCCGCCAACCCUCCCGCCGCUGCUCCUCCUGCCGCCGCUCCCAACGGCGCCGCGAAGCCCAUCCAGCCUGCUCAGCCGGCUGCUGUCGCACCCGCCCCUGUUGCUCCUGCGAUUCCCGCAGCCAAGGGCAAGAACAACGGCAACUGA